UGUGUGUGUGUGUGUGUGUGUUACACUGGAGCAUCUUCAUUCUUCAUGUGAACCUGAUGAUGAUGCUGCGAUCCGGGACGCGGUGUCUAUCAAAGGUGUAAAAACCGGAAGUGACAGCACGCGCAUUAACGGACUAAACCUUUGAUUGUGAUGAUCAGACACUGGUGUGUGUGAUGGAGGAUGCGCGCGCGCGCGUGUGUGUUUUAUUCAUAUAAAUCUGAGCAUCUACAGGCCUCCAUAAUCAUCAUCACUGUGUGUGUGUGUGUGUGUGUGUGUGAGUAAACGCUAUAACACACAUAAACAUGGUUAUGAAUAGAAGUUGUUUUAUAAAUAAUUAAUACAUGAUUAGCGGCGCGUGCUUUUCCGUGACUGUGGAGGAGAUCAAUAACCGAUAAAUCCGCGCGCGGUACACAGACCUGCUGACGUCACUGAGGUGCCGUUAACGUGUUUUAAUGAUGAGGAAUAAAAGAGCUGAGUAACGGAACAGGAUUUAAGACCGAGGCCUGGAACUGCGCAAACACACAGUUAUACGGUGAUAUUAAACACACACACACACACACACACACACACACGCAUUAAUCUUCACAUGUUAUCAGUCAGAGUGGUUCUCCAGCUGUGUUCCAGUCUGCAGCCUGCAGCCUACACACACCUCAGAUGAGUGAAAUCAAAGUGUUUUUAUUAAACCUGAAAGAGAAAAAUGAUCAAAUCUGGUGAUUUAUUUAGUUUUUUAUUUAUUUAUUUUCCUGACUCCUAAUUAAUACUUAAAUCUAACAGCAGAUUGUUUUACAAAAGCACAUUAGCAUUACAGCGUUACUGAAGUCUUUCUCCUUCUCUGAGAUUCUCUACCACACGGCACAUCCUUCAUCAGGAAAUGAAAAUGAAAUGGAUUGAAAAACUGCCUGAGACACGAGGAAGAACCCUGAGAGGAACCUGGAGAGUGUGUUUACAGGAUGUUCAGACUGAGCAGAUUGUGAAUAAGGGCACAGUCUUUAUGAUUACAGCAGCAGCUCUUACACACAAAUCUACAGAAUCCAGAAUGUGCAGUGCCUGGUGGGUGGAGUAAAGAUGAGUGUGACAUCAUGGUUUUUGGUGAGCAGCUCCGGUACUCGGCACCGGUUGCCGCGGGAGAUGAUUUUCGUGGGCCGUGAGGACUGUGAGCUCAUGCUGCAGUCCCGUAGUGUGGAUAAACAGCAUGCUGUGAUUAACUACAACGCUGCUACAGAUGAGCACUUGGUGAAAGAUCUGGGCAGUUUAAACGGGACCUUCGUAAAUGACCUGAGGAUUCCUGAUCAGACGUAUAUCACACUCAAACUAUCUGACGUCGUUCGCUUCGGAUAUGAUUCCCAUGUGUAUGUUCUGGAGCGGAGUCAGCACCGAGUACCGGAGGAGGCUCUGAAGCAUGAGAAAUACACCAGCCAGCUGCAGAUGGAAUUAAAAUCCUCUGAGCUGAAGAAGAAAGAGCUGCAGGACGACAGGACGAAGACAGACAGGUCGGAACGCAAGAGUCUCACAGAAGCGUCUAUGUGUCGUCCCACUCCUUUGUACGGUCAGCCCUCAUGGUGGGGAGAAGAAGACUCAGGAAGGAAAGAUUUCAUUAACGAAGGACGUAAAACAGAAGAGAGUCGAUCAGAAGUCCUGAAGGAAGCAGAAGUGAACGGCUCUCUUCAGGAAUUUCGUGAUGGCCAAAGCAAGCCUACGUUCCUGUACCACAGAGAACCAAGUUACUUUGAAAUUCCCACCAAGGAGAUUCAAACACACUCCAAAUUUGCAGAAAUGGAGUUGAAUGACAUUCCCACUAAGGACACAGAUGCUUUACCGAAAUCCACUCCACCUGUUUACCAGAGCCACGCCUCAUUCACCAUCGAGUUCGAUGAAUGUACACCGGGAAAAAUUAAAAUCAAAGACCAUGUGACAAAAUUCUCAUCUCGCCAGCGCAGUAAACAGCCAAGUGCUAAAGUGACCAGCGCUGCACCCACUGAGGUCCAGUCUCCAGAGAGCAAGGUUGCUGAUUGGCUGGUUCAGAGUGAUGUCGGCAUGAUGUCAUCAAGGCGGCCGACCAGCGAUGAUGUCUACAGCACCAAGAGUGACCUCGCGAUGCACAUCAGGACGCUCAAAGGCCACCAUCAUGAAGAUGGCACUCAAAGUGACUCUGAAGAUCCUGUAAUAAAAGGAAAAAGGAGUAAAUCUCAUCACUCAGUCCAAUCAGAGGAAUCAAAUGUGUCAAAAAUAUUGGAACCAUCUGAUUCUUACAAACCUCAAUCACCACCUAAAAAUAUUCACGACUUCUCCAGUGUUCGUGAAGGAACUGGAGUAGAAGAACCUUCACCUUCAACUCAAAGCCAGAUGAAAUGUGGGAAUCAGGAACCUCUAAGCCAGCAGGCCUUUAUUAUUGAAUUUUUUGAUGAUAAUCCACGUAAGAAACGCUCCCAGUCUUUUACCCACAAUCCUGUGCAUGGUGAUAAUUAUUCAGCUCUCAAAGCGAAACUGGAGCGGCGUAAAGGUGCUGAAAGGCCUGCAUCUGUUCAUGGAAAUAUUCCUCCUACACAACAGAUCACGGUCCCUCUAAAGGGCUUAAGUCAUGGCGUUCAUCAAAGAUCAAGCUCACUAAAGAGGGAGAAAACGGAGGAUAUGAUGAGCAAGGGUGGCACUUCCCCUUCGUCUUCGGGCACUUCCUGUUCCAUCACCUCCUCGUCCUCUCGCUCUUCUCCAGCAAUCACCAUCAAACCUUUUGGCAGCAUUGGAAAGAAAUCCAAACUUGCUCAAGAAUUUGUUAACGAGUUUCUUAACGAACCCUCACCACCGAUGUCAGCACCACCAGUGAUGAUGUCACCAUCGCACACUCAUCUUCCGUCUCCGGAGGACACACGUGUAUGUGCACCAUCCUCCGUGUCUUACCCGGCCUCUCCAUCCCAGAUACACACACACCAUCUGCCCCAAACGCUUCUUCCUGCUUCUUCUCCAAUUUCUGUCCCCUCUGUCCCUCCAUCUGUGGGUCCAGAUUCCAGCAUUUCAACGUUACCUCCAUUUUCUCCUUUACUGGGCACUGAGGCAGAUUCUAAAGCCCUUAGAACACACCCUAAAGGCACAGGGGCAAUUCGUACGGAGGAGGAGGACAGUUUGAGUGAUGCUGGAACUUACACUAUUGAGACUGAGUCUCAGGAUAAAGAAGUGGAAGAAGCUCGCAGUAUGAUCGAUCAGGUUUUUGGAGUGCUGGAUGCUCCAGAAUACAGCGGAGUUUACAGACCAGUCAUCAGUGAGCAAGAUGUAUUAAACCAAACCCAAGCUGAAAUCAUGCACACAUCAGCAGAAGAUCUUAAGGAUCUUAACUCCAGCAUCAGUGGAGAUCCAGAAAGCUUUCUACAGGCACAUUCUGACCUGAGUGGACCUAAGUGGGUGUCUCAGUGGGCAAGUUUAGCAGAUACUUACAGUGACUCUGGAACUGCAGUGGCACCUUUAGGAAGUCCGCCACAAGGAACUGUUUCACACAGAGAUGUCAAGGCAGUACUGAGCCAAAGUGUGGAUCAUUCAGAAUCAGAGUGUACUCAGAGCUCCAAAACCAGACGUCUUCUUCCUCAGGUUCCUUCGGCAGGAGAAAAGCAGGAGAUUAACACUCCCUGUAUCCUGAUCCGGACUGAGCCGAGCGUGGAGUACGAUCCAUCUGAAAAAGUUUCUAGGACAUCACAGCCGGAUUCCACUCAGAGGUUAAAGGUUCAGGAAGAUGUGGAUCAUGAUAGCCUGAGUGACACCAGUCGUUCUGAUGAUAGCUCAAUCCUGGACAGGAGCUCAAAGAGUCAAGAGCAAUACAGAAUGACAGCAUCCUUAAUAUCUGAAAACAUCCAGCCAAAGUCAACUUCUUUCUACAUCGGCUCUGAGGAGGGCUCCUACAAAUCAGAUGCUUCAAGGAGUCCGGUUCUUUCUCAAACUGAGCGGGCUCCUUCUCCCAAGAUGCCUCCAACUACUGUCCUGAUACGACACCUGAGUAGCCAUGAGUCCAAGCGAGCUGUAAAGCCAAACUCAUCAGCACCAAAUCUCCAAACCCAUAACAAAGAUUCUGUUCCCACCAAAGAACCUCCAUCAUCCUCUUUCGUUCGCCAGGAGAGCUUCACCAAAGAUCGACCAAGUGACAACAUCCAGGUUAAAAGGUUGCCUCACAUCUCUAGUCAUCCCACUUUACGGGAUUUAGGGACCCUAGGAAGUGAACGAGAAACUUUAUCAAAGGAAAACAAGCAAUCCACAUCUUCUCAAAGGCAGAAAAAGGGAAGUUCUCUUGGACAGGCUGAAGAUUCUCUUUCUGGUGAAUCAGAUGUGGACACAGCUAGCACUGUGAGCUUAGUGAGCAGUAAAAAUGUGCCUGUUAGCACAGUUAAGAAGCAUAUAUCUUCUAGUGCACAUCGUAAGGAUAAAUCCUCUUCAGGUUCGUCUUCUCAGGAGAAGUCCAGACAGCCAACAGCUCGGGAGCGACUUUCAGAAAAACGUCGUAGUCAUGCAAUUACGGAAAACAGCGCAGCUAAAUCUGAAUCCGCGCGUCGUCUCCAUUUACGCCGCAGCACCGGAAACAGCGGCUCGUUAGAUUUUUCUGACAAUCAGCAGAUUCACAGCCAAACUGAAACCGCCUCUUCUGAUCACGAAUCAACAUCACGACCUUCUAGUCGCAAGAAACUCUCAGUGUCCCUGCAAAACCAAGAUUCAAACAAAUCCAAUAAAGCAGCUCAUCAGGUUCUCACUCGGUCCAACAGUCUCUCAGCUCCCAGACCGACACGGGCCUCCAUGCUGCGCCGCGCUCGACUUGGAGAAACAUCCGAUAAUGAAGGCACAGAAACGGAUCGAGCAUCUCAGGGUUCAGAACACACAAAACCCUCCGGAGACACCAAAAAACUCUCAAGAUUGGACAUUUUAGCGAUGCCACGCAAACGCACUGGAUCUUUCACCACUCCCAGUGAUAACGAAUCACUGAACAAACAAACUCACAGCCGUCCUUCUGAUGCUACCACUAAUGGGCGGAGAUUGUCCACAAGUGAAACAAAACCAACCAAUAAAAUUUCUCCAACAGCAGAGAAACCUUUGUCCAAUCACACACGCACUAAUCAGACUAAACACGCUGGCACAAGCAGUUCUCAUCGGAGACAGAAAGGUUCUGAUUAUUCCUCCACGUCAGAGGAAGAGCGUGAUGUCAGCUCUAAAACUAAAUGCUCUCACACUUCAACCUCGACUCAGACACAAACUCCGCAGAGAAUUAUUCCCACUCGGCUGGACAUAGAGGACGAUGAAGCACAAAACGAGCACUACCAGAACUGGACCAAUCACAGUGCAGAGAUCGCCAGGCUGAGUCAGGACUUGGCCAAAGAUCUUGCUAUUCUCGCACGUGAAAUCCACGAUGUAGCCGGAGAUGCUGACACACACACACCUGCAGCGACGGGGUACAGCACUCCACCUGGCUCUGUCCCACAUACACCUGCGUCCACUAUCUCCGCCCGAGAGGAGUUGGUGCAUCACAUCCCAGAUGCCAGUCUGAGUUAUCAAAAAGUUCCUGCAGGUUCCCCGAGUCCAGUGGAUCAGGACAGUGACGGAACCAAACGGCGUCCUUGGAACAGAGAAGAGGUGAUUUUAGACAAUCUGAUGCUGAACCCAGUGUCGCAGCUCUCACAGGCCAUCAGAGAGAACACAGAACAACUCACUGAGAAAAUGAAAUCUUUAUUCCACAAUACCACAGAUGUUUGGGAGGAGAUUGAAGCAAAAAUUAAUGCUGAAGAUGAAGUCCCUAUAAUUAAAACUUCCAACAAAGAAAUCUCAUCCAUCCUGCAGGAGCUGAGGAGAGUCCAGAGACAGCUGGAGGUGAUAAACUCAAUUGUGGAACCUGGAGGAAGUGUGAAGAUAACAGCGCCACCUGCAGCAGGAAAAAAUAAAUCUGCAAAUGCCAAACGAAGUGGUAAAUAACACGUGUGCAGUCUGUUUUAGUCUAGUAAUAACUGCUGAAAAAUGCUUUUAUGCUUUGUAGAACAUGACUACGCUAAAAUAUAAUGCUGUAUUAAAUAUAAACCUGCUGCUUGCUUCAGAGAGGAGACAAACAGAGAGGGUGUGUGUGUGUGUGUGUGUGUGUGUGUUUCAGUAUUGUUUAUAACAUGACCUUGUCCACGUUCUCUAAUCACUCUAAAGUGUGUAUUAUCUGCGUGUCACAACAAGAGGAUGAGUGUGUGGCAGCACUAUGGCUGGAGACAUAAAUUCACUAAAUCCAAAAAUUCACUGACAUGGAUUUUUAUCGUUGAGGCAUUGUUUACUUACCAAAAUAGAACUUACUGUAAGCCUGUGUAAACCUUUAUCAGGGGCCAUUAACUGGUGAUUAACAGGAAACAGCAAAACACACUGGCCAUAGUUCAGAUUUUGGUCUAGAUUUCUGUAGCAGAUCCUCUGUUACAGCCAACCACUUUAUAUAUUAUUUAUGUCAAAUUCAAAAGCAGCUUUAGCUAAGAAUUUCUAGCUAAAACCUUUCUGGACAUAUUUGUGUUGUUCGGUAAUGUUAUACAGAUUUAUACAGUGCCUCCAGAAAGUAUUCACCCCCAUUGAUUAUUUCUUUUUUUGCUGUAUUGCAGCAUCAAAUUUGAGAGUAUUAUAAUGGGAUUUUUUUCUGUACCUUUUGAAGUGACUGUUUACAGAAAUAAAGUUAAAUAUUUAGAUGUCCUCAGAAUGAUUUUUAAAAAAAAUAAAAAGUCUAAAACUGCAUUAUUGAUAAGUGUUCACCCCUUUCUUUUAGCAAUAUAAAUUAGGGCUAGUAUUUGUUUUUUUUAGAGUGCACACUAAAUAUGUUAAACAGAGUACACCUAAUAAUUAAUUUUAAUUUUAGUUAAUUUUAAAUCCACCUGCAUCCAAUUGUGUGCUUGCACAAUAAACAUCUCUGACUUCUCUGACUCACGGCUAAAAUGGCAGAUCAGAUCAGUUUUGCUGGCAGGAAGACCAAAGAACUGCCCAUGAAGCUUCGAUAUGAAGUUGUUAUGGGGGAAAGUUGUAGAAGGUUAUUAAAACAUUGGCAAAACGUUGAAUCUUCCUCGAUGAAAAAAAAUAUGACUCUACCAAGACCAAGCUGAGUGCUCAGGCAAGAAGUGCAGUUGUCAGAGAAGUGUCCAAGAGUCUAUCUACAACACUGUAACAGAACUUACUGGCUGAAAUAGAAGAACCUCUGCAGACCUCAACAACAUCAUCAGCUCUUCACAGAUCCGGCCUCUAUGGGACGGCACCCAGAAGGAAGUCACUUCUGAGAAAUGCCAUGUUAGAAAAUCGGAGAACUUUUGGAAAAAGAUUUUGGAUUUUGUGGUCUGAUGAGGCUAAAUUGGAGGCAUUUGGUCUAAAGCUGAAGCAUACUGUUUGGCAAAAACCAAAUACAUCCCAACACCCAGAUAACACCAUUCCUGUGGUGAAGCACGGUGGUGGUAGCAUCAAUGCGCUUAGGUUUCUUUUCAGCAGGAGGAACUGGAGUUUGUUGCCAUCGCAGGAAACAUGUGAUGGAGCCAAAUAUCAGCAAAUUGUUGAAGAGAACCUCUUCCAGUCAGCCAGACAUCUGCAUUUAGGGCAAAAAUACAUGUUCCAACAGGACAAUGAGCUAAAGGCCAUUAUCAGUCAAGCACUUUUUAGAUUUAGAUACUUUUCAAAUAAUUUCGAGGACCUCUAAAUACUUUAUAUGAUUUUAUUGCUGUAGAGAGUUACUUAAAAAGGAGCAGAAAAAAAUCCCAUUUUGAUAUGCUUAAAUUUGAUGCUGCAAUACAGCAAAAAGAGAAGUAAUAACUAAAGGGGUGAAUACUCUCUAUAUGCACUGUAUAUCUCUGUACCAAUCACCUCCUAAAAUUAUAACAUAUAAUAAAUGUGUGGUGCAAUGCAUUCUGGGUAUGUUGUUAAAAUGGGCAAAAGAUGAAAGGGAAGUGGACGAGGGGAGUGCUGAAACCAGGACUGGAACAUAAAUAGUGCUUUUAUUUGGUGUUUUAGGUUUGAGGUCAAUCGUUAUUAUGAAUCAGCAUUAUAACAGUGAUAUGCAUUAACACACAUGCACACGCACACACACACACACACACACACAGUGUGAUAUAACUGUAUAUAUAAGGAUAUAUAACAUUUCCUGGUGCAAUGUGAAUGAUAUGAAUGUGACCUAAUGCUAAUGAGAGUGUGGCUAAAGCUAAACAGCACUAAGCAGCUCAAUGCAACAGAAAUAUAUUGAUGUGAGUUAAAAUGUAAUAAAAUUACAGUAUUUAUGAAGCUUUGCUGCAAAAAUACUGUAUGAAAAUAAAAUAAAAAAAUACACUGAUGGCAGCAUCCAAAAAUCUCAUCAGUGAACAAAUAUUUGCACAUUUUACUCACUGAUCCACAUUUUUCCAUGAUCCAUUAUUUAACUUAAGGAGCUUCUUCAAAGACUAAUUCUGCUUUAGUCUCCGCCCCUUUAACGCUUGUGUCACUCAUUGGGGAGCUUUUUAUUAUUUUUGCACCAUUUUUCUCUCGUGGUGAUUUAAUACUGAAAUUGUGCACAUCAGUAUUCUGUCCUCAAAAAGCAAAGUGAUAUUCGGACAUUACGUGAGCGUCACGCAUGUGGGGGUGGAGUUUAUCUAACAGAGAAGUCUCAGUUGCACGUGAUUCUGACUUUGAACUCAAGUGCAUUUUUCUUACGUGAUAUCGGCUCCAGUGUUACGCGCAGCUGUCUGACAGUUUAAUGUAAACACAAUAUGUCACAGAGAAAUUUAUGUUUUGGCUAUAAAAACACUCAAAAACACUAUGGAAUGUCAUUUCAGAAGAAUAUUAAAUACAUAAAUGUAAUGCUAUUCAUUAAUUAAUAAUAUCCUCAUAAUGUCCACAAAAAGUUUUUUUUUUUUUUUUCGCAAGGAGAACAUCGAAGGAGACACAUCUUAAUCAGAGAUAUCAGACAUUGCUUAGAUGGAAGAGUGAUUUUUUAUAGAUAAAAUUAUGAAUUAACUUAAAGCUUCUCUGUAAGUGUAGCAUGAGCACCCAGUCAGAUAAUCCUUCAAAUCUUGAGCAUGUUUUCUUUACAGGAGAAAUCCUGCAUGUUCAUCGACACAUUAAAAUUUCAUGACCUUGAUUUAUUUAAAAAAUUAUAAAAUACAUAUUAUUCAUUGCCUGUCAAGUCACCUUUAUUGAAAAACCCUGUUUUUGUCCACCUCAGAGGUGUGAACUACACACAGGUGUUUAAAUAAUCUGAAUGUGGAGCUCAAAAAAAUCCUUAACCCGACUCUGAAUACCAGGAACUUUCCCCUUGAUGUAACGUUUGGGUUUAUCCUCAAUAUGCUCCUCUGAUUGGAACACAGUGACAAAACCAUGUGAAUAUUUGAUAACUGCUGAAUUUGACCAACCCUUGGUUUUAUACUUAGACUUUUGUGUGUGUGUGUGUGUGUGUGUGUGUGUGUGUGAGUGUGUGUGAGUGUGUGUGUGAGAGAGAGAGAGAGAGAGAGACCUACUCACUGCAGACAACAGAGCUCACAUUCUUUUUGAACAGUUAACGGUUAGUGUCAUUUGUAUUAUUUUUCACAGAUUUAAUAAAUUAUUUUAAAGUUUUAUUCUGAUUAAGACAGAUUUAGAUUAUUCAGUUUCUAUUCAGAAAAACAUAAAUUACAUCUGAAUAAUCAUCUCAAGCUGAUUCUGGCUUUAUGUUUUUAUUUAAAGCGGCAGCACUGAAUGAACACAAUCAGAUUCUAACAGACAUUAAUUCUGAAUUUGGCUCUCAUUAAGAUUCAGAUCAGAUUUCAUUAAGAGCAGCAAUACUGAAUGAAUGUAGAUGCAAAAGUUACUGGCUAAAAUUAUUUACUAAAUUAAAUAUUAAAGUUGUAGUAGAACAUGUGCAAGAAAGUGAUUAUUGAUCAUUAUUCAGAGUUUGUGGAUUUGUGAGAAUGCGUUUUUUCAUGUUGAUUGCAAAAUAUUCCUAAAUCCAGCCAUAGAUCCUGUUUUAGCAUUAUUUAUAAUCGGAUAAACAUUAGAAUAUUGUUCUUCUGUUGUGAAGCAGCAAAAAGGAAGGCUGAAGCUCUACCAGGAAAAGAGGAGACAAAUAUUGAUAUUUUAUCAGAGAAUUCUGGAAAAUUAUCAAAUGAAUUAAAAUAGAAAAAAUGAAUCUUAUAACUUCAGUGAGUGAUGUUUAGACUUGUAAUGAUUGUUGUUAACUUUGCACCGAGUGUGUAGACAGACGUGUGUAUUAUUCUGUGAAAAUUAUGUGUAGCAUUAUUUAACAGUGUUCAUGAACAGCAAUGUUUUUAUUUUUAUUUAUAAAUUAGUACAGCAGCUGAAACACCACGUUCUUUGCAGAAUAAAGUUACUUUGUUCAAUUUUUUUAAUCAGUUUAAUUGUUAUUUUAUUAAAUAGCUUUUUUAAAUAAUUUACUUAUCAGUAUCAAUAUUUAUUUAUUUAUUUAUUUGUGUGUGUGAGUGCUGUUUGUUUUCUCACGACUGUUCAAAUCUGAAGAUUAAAGAUGUGUAUCUAUAACUUUAUAAUGAGUUUUAAUGUUCUGUAUAAAUGUUCUCUAUAAAGUGUUUGAGCAGCUCUUACACUCUCUCUCUCUUACACACACACACACACACACACACACAGUCCCCUCUGAAAAUAUUGGAAGGGCAAGGCCCUGACACUGAAGACAUUGAAGACAUUUGUGUUUGAGAUCAAAAGAUGAAUAUGAGACGACGGAUCAGAAUUUCAUUUCCUGAUAUUUAUAUAUAGAUAUACAUAUAGUUGUUUUAAACAACUUUUGUUUGAACCCACCCAUUUUUCAAAUGAUCAAAUAUAUUGAAUUUUUUUUUUUAUAUAAUGGAAUAUUUGAAAUCGGAGCCUUCUAAUCAAAAGUGCAACAUCUUAUCCACUGAGCUGCCACCAACAAAACCACGCUGCCAUUCCAGUCAUUUCAGAGGGGACUGUACGUACACACUUACUGCACUGCUGGUUUAUGUUACUGGUGUGUUUUUAUUCACUGUUUGGACUGUAGAAAUUUCAUUACAUUUACAAUAAAUCAGUUUCAUUCAUGAGCUUAAA